CUCACCCUUCUAACCCCCAGGUCCCACCCCCGGCCCCUAGCCCCGCCCCUCCAUUCCCAGGUCCUGCCGCUCCACACUGAGCCCCGCUUCCCCCCCGAGCUUCGCCCCUCAAUCCCGAGUCUCCCCUUCUCCCCUCGCCCGGUCAGUGACGGUGCGGGUUCAGGGCUGGAAUCGGACCGGAAGUUUGCGGGAUUGGGCGCACCAGUUGCGGAGAUGAGCCCAGAGGAAGAGUUUGGAAGCUGUUUGGAAAAUGCAGAGAGCUGGAUGCGGAUGAUCCAGGAGCGCUUAGAGGCCACUGACAAUGUCCAAGGACCAAAGGCUGCUUUAGAAAACAGACUGAGAGAGUCUGAGGUUAUCUUAGCAGAAGAGCCUGAAGGGAAUCUCCGACUGGGAAGGGCGCUGGUGAAGGCAGAAUCUCUCCUUCAAGGCAGAAGUGACGAUGAGAAGCAUGAAAUUCAUGCGGCAAUGAAACAUAUUAAAACCCUGUGGGAGGAUACUCAAAUCAAUAUGGCCCAUUGUCACAGUCGGAUUGAAUGGGUUUUGCUGCACUGGUCUGAGUAUUUGAAGGCGAGGGAAGAUUAUUUUCUUUGGUUGAUGAAUAUGAAACAAAAGCUGGAGCCCGAUCUUGAAUUACAGCUUGGUCUCAAGGAGAAGAAAUUACAAUUAAGCCAUCACACAAUCCUACUCAGUAACAUUUUGAACCAGGCUCCUCUGCUUGAGCGACUCAUCCAGGAAUCUGGGUCCUUAUUUGCAAAGACUGAAGAUGAGACCGUCAAUGAGGCAGCGCAGCAGAUAUUAAAAGCUGAUCAUGAAGCACUUGAGAUGAAAGCAAAGGAAAAGGUGAAGAUUUUGGAAGCAAUUGUACAAGAGCAUCAACAAUAUGCAGACAGGCGGGAGAAAUUCCAGAACUGGCUGCAGUGCAUGAAGGAAAAAAUUAACAACUUCAACACGUGCACAGGCGACAAGAAUCAGAUGGAGAGAUCACUUAGAGAGCUAAAGGAACUGAGUGAUGCAGUCGGCAGCAAAAAAGGAGAGCUGGACAAUCUGCAGGUUCAGGCCACGGCUGUAAUCCUCAAUACAUCUCCUUUAGGUGCUGAGCACAUCACCAAAGACUUGGAAGAGCUGAGGGCAGACUGGAAUAGUCUGAGGCUGAGGUGCCAGCAAGAUCAGGAGCCACUGAAGCUUGGACUUCAUUCUGUGCUGGAAUCCAAGUCAAGGGCUGAGCAGCUGGAGAGAGAAGUUGCCAAGUUCGCAGAAUGGCUACAGAGCUUAGAUUUGCAGCCCCCAGAUGAUGAUGGGAUGGAAACUGCAUGGUGCAAAUGUCUUCUCACCAGGUCUUCAAUUUUAGCAGAAGAGCCAAGAGUGGAAGAGUUUCAGCUUAAAUUGAAAGAAUUUUGCAGAUUCUCUCAGAACGAAGAACAACUUUGUAACAAAGUCCUGAGUGUAAUUCAAGAUUAUAAAAGGGUAAAAGGGCAGAUUAUGAAGAGGUGCAACCAGCUUGGAGCAAGACUGCGGUGUGAUUUUCAGAAGUUCCUGCAAGAGUUUCAUCAAUGGAGGAACAGCACUCGCAGCCUGCUGCACUUGCCUCUGGACACGGAGGGUGGGAUGUUGACCAAGACUUAUCUGCAGAACAUUGAGGAUCAUCUGGCUCGUAGCAACCAAUUGAAAAUCCAACUCGACAGAUUUCAGGGGCUAGAGGGAAUGUUGGACAGUGUCUACAGUGAAGAACAGAUUGCAACGUUUGAGUCUGAACUCCGAGAGGCAGUACAGCAACGAACAUUCCUUACUGAUGGUCUUUUACAGAGGAGGAGAAAAUUGCAGAUGAAUGGUCGAGAUCCCACUGAUCACAAACUGCUGUUGAAGAAGUUUGAAGUGUGGCUGAAAACUGAAGAUCGGAAAUUGACAAGCAUUUUUGCUGCCAAAAGUCCUCGGAGUAACAGAGAAAGAAAAAACAGAAAACAAGGCCUGAAGGUGCUGCAAUCUCGUGUCCCUCAUGGCCAGAAAAUUUUUGAAGAGCUCCUCAGUGCUGAGUUUUCUGGCGUGAAUGAAGAAGAGAAACAGCUGGAAGAUUUGCGAUACCGAUGGAUAUUGUAUAAAACAAAAUUGAAGGAGGCUGAAGAGCUUUUGACGUCACGAGGGAUCUGCCACUAUUUGUCCCGUGCCUGUUGUGCAGCGCUCCCUCUCCAGCUGCUCCUGCUCCUUUUGCUGCUGCUUGCCUUUUUGCUGCCACUGAUUGAGGAGCAGGACAGCUGCAGUGUGGUGAACAACUUUGCUCGCUCCUUCUACCUGACACUGAGAUAUCAGGGACCCCCUCCAACAUAACCGAGCACUCUGAGCUAACUUUGCACACAGUUUUCUUUUAAACUGUGAUGCAGAAAAGCACAGUUCAUUUUGUUGUCCUAUUAGCUGUACUCAUGACAGUAUUUACACUGUUUUAUUUUGCUUCCUGACAGGCUCCGGUAGAAGUUGCUCCAUUGUCUUAAAAGUAUUGGUCUGGAAGCUGAUUGUUUAUGGCUCUGUAAUUCUAUCAAUCCUGCUUGAGGGGAGGACUCCAUAAAGACUGUUUGCCAGUAUUUCCUUGCAAAAUAUUAGGCCUUUUCAAAAAUAAAUUAUUUUAUCUACAAAAUAAAAGUAAUUUAUUUCAAAGGAACUUUUAACAAUUUCCGAUUUAUUUCUGGCUGAAGUCCGAGGUUCCAGCCCCCAUCUUGCACGGCUGGGCUGAUCACUUUUAAAUCUAAUUGAUGGAAUUAUGAGGGAUGUAACUUCCGUGAAUAGCUAAGAUGAGAUUUACUUAUAUUUUUCACCAUCAAUUUAUCUUUCUGGCUGAUGGAAAUGAUCAGUAAUGCAUCAUUCUAAUCUGUGCGUGAAGUAGUUUAUAAAUCUGUAAUUCGGUCUUUUUUUUGUUUUUUGAAAAAGUAUGUAACAGGAGUUCCAUCAGAAAUCUCAGUCCAGACUGUGCUGUUGACGUCUGAUCAUGAAAAUUACCUGGGACUCAGGUUCAGUCGUGUAAUAGAGGGGUGUGGUGGCAUCAGAAACAUCUUGCCUGUGGCAGUAUAUGAAAGAAUACCACAGGUUGUUCUAUUCUUGCUCUUUUCUUCAAAUUGGUAUUUUCCCUUUUCAAGUAUUUAUCCAAUUCACUUCUUGAAAGUUACUGUUUAAUCUGCUUCCACUAUCUUUUCAGGCAGUGCAUUCCAGGCCUUCAUAACUCAAAUUUAAAAAAGAACUUCUGUCUGUAGUCACACCCGACCAUUGUUCUGACUGUUGCCUUAAAUCUGUGUCCUCUAAUUACUAAUCCCUCUACACCUGGAAAUAUUUUUUUUUUUAUUUACACUACCAAAACCACUUUAUGAUUUUGAGCACCUUCAUUAGAUCUUCCCUUUAACCUUUUGUGCAAUAAGGAGAACAAUCCCAGCUUCUGCAAUCUCUACUCAUAGCCGAAGUUCCUCAAUCUGGGGUGCACUUAAGAAAUCCUUGUCCAUCCUGUCCAAGGUUUUGCUAUUCACCUUGAAGCCCAGAAUUGGACUCCUGGGACCUAAGCAAUAAUUUGUAAAGGUUGAAUGUAACUUCUGUGCUUUUGUACUUUAUACUUCUAUGAAUAAACCAAAGGACAGUAUCUGUUUUCUCUUGCAUUUCUCCAGCAAUUUCUGUUUUAUUUUUAGAUCUCCAGCAUCUGCUGUUCUUUGUUUUAUUUUAAUGUUCAACUUAACCUAAUCCUGUUCACCAGUCACUCCUGUGCUCAUUGAUCUGAAUGGACUCCCAGUCUACUCAUUCGUUGUUUUCAGUAUUCAUCCUGGAUUUCAGAUUCUGAUGGCCUUACUCCUCCUGAACUCCUGCAGUCUCCAAUGCAUCAGGAUCUCGAUAACCUUCCACUUUCAGUUUCCUGCAUAUGUCGAAUUUUAAUCACUUCACCAUUGGCGGCCACUGAGCUGUUAACUGUCUGGGUGCAGAGCUGUGGAAUUCCCUCCCUAAAUGCAUUUGCCUCUGUACUUGUCCAUCUUCCUUCAAGACAUUCCUUAAAAUUUGGUUAAACCUUUAAUUAUAUGCCUCCCCUGUCAAAUUGUACAUUAAAUAAAUACAUAAGCCCUUAUCAUGCUCACUGAUUUGUGUGUGUAUAUGCCCAGUAUCUGAAAUUGUAUAAUUCCAUUUGUGUUGCAUCUCCUCAUUUUUGUUCCACAAUGCUUCACUGAAAGCUUCUUUGCAUUUAAAUUGUAUCUGCCACGUGUCUGCCCACUUUCACCAAUCUAUUUUUUGGAAUCUGCUACUGUCUUCCUCGGUCAUAAUAUAUUUCCAAGUUUUGUCGUCUGCAUUGAAAUUCUAGUCCAUGUGGCCAAGUCCAGGUUAUUAGUAUACAGCAAAAAUACCAUUCAUAUCCAUGGCAAUACUGCCCUUUUAAUACAGGGGUUUUACAGUCUGAUUCUGGGACCAACACAGUGCAAAUGCAGAUUUUAUUUUGAGCCUUCAUCUGAAAUUCCUUGCUGACAUUAAGCUUUGAAGACUAACACUGCACGCUUCUGAUAAGCAUGGUAUCAAGCCUCUCACCUCUAAAAGAUAAAGAAGUGGCAAAUUUGAAUCAGCAUUUUUAUUUUCAAAUAAUAACAAUAUUUAGUUGCCUAACUAUUAUUAAUGUAAAGUGUUCUUACAAAGCUUAGACUAAGCAAUCUUAAAAGAAACCUCUUCUGCUGUACUCUAAUAUAAUAUAAACAGUGUCUAUAAACAUGUAUUUACUUCCUGUUCAAAAUCCUGUUUGGUGUUUAACAUUUUAACUUUGAAAAUCCAUGUAACGGUAUGUAGAAUGGAAAUCCACACCCACCUCUAAUGAAAUACAUAAGUCAACAUUUCUGAUGGAAACUCGCGUGAAUAUUUACAGCAAGGAGGGAAGGCAGUUACAUAGUUAUCAUGUCAGUGGCCUAAUAUUCCAGAGGCCCAGGGUAAUGUGGGAAUAUGGACAUGGGUGCAAAUCCCAUUAUGACAGAAGGUAAAAGGAAUUCUGCUGGCCUCUCCUGGUCUGGCCAAUAAGUAAUUCCAGCCCCACAGCAAUGUGAGAUUGACAAUUAACUGCUCUCUGAAAUUACCAAGAGAGCUACUCAGUUCAAGGGUAAUUAGGGAUGGGCAACAUCCCAUGAACUGAUGAGAAGGAUCCAUAUGUGAACAUUUGCUUUGAUUUGUUGGGUACCAAAAAAGUCACUCAAUAAUUUUUACAGGUGUUACUACUUGUUCUGUUUUGAAAAUCCAAAACUCAGUAUUAAUGCAAUGUAUUAAGUUAAUUAUUACAUUUCACAUUAACCUGUUUCAGUGUAUCUAUUGCAUUUUUUGUGUUUUAAUCUUUUAAUAAAGUUUUUACUUGAAGUGUU